UAUUUCUCAGUUGUUAUUUUCUGUCCGGUAAGAAAAUCCCAAUUCUCACAAUCUAUAAUUUUCCCUUUCAAUUUCCAGAGAAAAUGGCAUUUUUUCGCCUUCUCUAACCCUAAAGAUCAACCCGAAAUCGGACGUUUCUAAUGGCCCUUUUCGUUAAUUCACCCGAAAUUUCCAGAGUCUUUUGGAACCCUAACCCUAAUCCGAUCCAUAGAAAGCUCAAAAGCAUCAAAAUCUUGACAAAUGAGAAGGUCGGAUCUAAUUCUAGGGUUCGGGUUUGGUCUAGAACCAAAGAAUGCGAACUUACGGUUUCUGAAUCUGAUCAGAAUAUAAAUUUGUACGGGCAGUUCUCGACUACCGUGAAGCAUGGUUCCAAGCCGAGCAAAGAAGAAGAGGAGAAGCAGGAGUACUAUUUGAAUACGGGCUAUGCGAUUCGGACUUUAAGAGAGGAGUUUCCUGAGCUCUUCUACAGAGAGCUUAGCUUCGACAUAUACAGGGAUGAUAUUGUGUUCAAAGAUCCUCUCAAUACUUUUGUGGGCAUUGAAAACUAUAAGUCUAUCUUCUGGGCACUACGAUUUCAUGGCAGAAUAUUUUUUAAGGCUUUGUGGGUUGAUAUCAUUAGUGUAUGGCAGCCUGUGGAGAGUGUCAUUAUGGUUCGCUGGACAGUCCAUGGCAUCCCACGAGUCCCAUGGGAGAGUCGUGGUCGAUUUGAUGGUACCUCUGAAUACAAACUUGACAAGAAAGGAAAGAUAUUCGAGCAUCGUGUUGAUAACGUUAUUCUCAAUUCACCUCCAAAGUUCCGGGUGCUGGGUGUGGAAGCUAUUAUCCAAGCUCUUGGCUGCCCUUCACCUCCAAGACCAACAUAUUUUGAAGAGUCAUUAUCUUCACCUACAAAGGAAACUUAGUAUUGCUAAAGUACAUUAAAGUUUUGGAACACUGUGUCGCUGUGGUAGAGUAAAUAUGGAGUGAGCGUUUGGCAACCUCUUUAGUAUAUUGUUAGCAAAGUUACCGGUGGCUUGAGUCUAAUAACUGGCACUGGCAAAUGUGGAUUGUAUAGAACUGUAUAAUCACUAGAUUCCUAUUUUCAACUAGACUAUUGUAUACAUAUAUUGUAUAUUCUGUAUAGUUUGAGAUUAAUGCAAGCCCUCAUAUUUCCUA